GAUACACAGCACUUCACUUUCUACAUCUGAACUCCCAACUUGAAUAUGUUGGUAUCUUCGCUUUUCAUUCUUCUCCUCGGUUUGAACGUAGCUGCUGGUGUUUCAUCACCGAUGGAAGCUCGUAGCGGGACCCAUUUAACUCAGGCUCAAGCUGAAGCCCGUCUCAUUCCUGCGGGAAUUACUGCCUCUUCCACUGGGGGAUGUACAGAUAAGAAUAAAUCAACGUGUACGUCGUACGACGGCAUACUUUCUGGCACGGUCGACGGGGUCAUCACGUUGAAGCAAGCCUCGGGCUCUAGCUCACUGGUCAUUACCGGUGGUACCGAGGUAGGUCACGCCAGCGGAACAUACUCCCAUGCAAAUGGUUACAAAGUGGAUGUUCGCCAUGCGUCGGUGGUCGACAAUUAUAUCAAGACGCAUUUUACUCGAAUCGGCAAUAGAGGAGACGGAUAUCCUCAGUGGCAGGCCGCUAGCGGGAAUAUCUAUUGCGAUGAAGGAUCGCACUGGGACAUCACCUAUUAUUGAAGGUCUCCGCCUUUCUAUUAUGUAGUAGUACCUGAUACGGUUUUCUAAAGUGGAUCCUCGUUGUACAAAAACAAAUUUCACAUUUCGCAGUCGGUCUC